GCAGGACAACACGGUGUAGCGACCGCCCUCUCCAUCAUAAGUAACGGGAACGAUUUCUUGCAAGUCGCAGUCCAUACAGGACGAGGGUCGUCGCGAAGCGCCAGGGGCGUAUUGUCGUGUUGUCAUAACAGUCGAAGGAUUAGGGGGAGAAUCACGACGUACACCAUUUCCAAAAUUCAUUCGCCAACGUCGCUGUUCGAUACCCUCAUACAACAUAGCAACACCCAUAUCCAACCUCACAGAUGACGGCUGUCGCGAGUCCACCGAGUUUCCAACAGAGUAACCCGUCAGCAUGGGGUUCUAGUGUUGGCCAAGGAGGACUUAAUGCCAUGAACGCCGACGAAGUCGCCCGAAUGUUUAUGCCGCGCAAGAGCGCUCAACGCGCCAACUCCUCCUCUUCGAUCUCUUCGGCCUCCUCCACCGCAUCCACGACUACCAUACCUGCAACCUCGCAACAAGUAAAUGGCACUCUGACGUCGGCAGCAGCAGGGGACCUUAGUUGGGGGACGGGAACAGCUGCUGCCCGAAAGAAGACGCAAAGAGCAGGACCCUGGCCAACAAGCAAGUCAGAUGCAAUAUCUGGUAUAUCUACAGCAAGGCCGCAAUCGAUAUUGACAACAAAUGGCACUCCUGCUGCGUCAUCGAUGACCUCCGUCCACCAACCCUCGUCCGCUAUUCAGUCGCAGCAUAUCCUGCAGAACCCUUCACAGCAAUCAAAUGGGAGCAGAACUGGUGCACCAGUAGUAGGGGAUAGUAACCCAGUUCUCUAUCUGCUGUCUAUGAAUGGAACUUUCGAGCGGAAAACAAUAUCUGUCCCAUUCUAUCCUGACAGCCUAAGGAUUGGACGGCAGACCAACGCCAAGACUGUACCUACACCUUCUAAUGGGUUCUUCGACUCGAAGGUAUUGUCAAGGCAGCAUGCAGAGAUCUGGGCCGACCGGAAUGGUAAAAUCUGGAUCCGCGACGUGAAAUCUUCCAACGGGACGUUUGUGAACGGGACUCGGCUGUCACCGGAGAAUCGAGAUUCCGAACCACACGAGUUACAAAGUCAAGAUCAUCUUGAACUCGGAAUUGACAUCGUUAGCGAGGAUCAGAAGACAGUUGUGCAUCACAAAGUGGAGGCUAAGGUUGAGCAUGCGGGCUACCUUGGGGCAACGAAUAAUGUUCUGGACAUGAAUUUUGGUGAUCUGGAUCCGGCAAAUGGAGCGAUGAUGGUGCCAUCUCAGGGGGCAAUGAGAGGCAGGUCAGGCAGUCAAGGGUCAGUGGUGAGUAACGGCCGUUUGGGUCCACCGGCCAGUGUAGCUGGCGGUCAAAUGAGUGGUAUUAUGGGACAACAACGGCCGAUGAACUUCUGGUUAACGCCAGUCACAACCGAGCAAAUCGUCAAAAGGCUCACGCAUGAAAUGAGGGCAGCAAGAUUACAGACAAAUGAUCUUGGAAGGGCGGAUCAUUUCGUUGGCGCACUAUUAUCAAAGGAGAGUGUCAAGGAAGUUGAGCGAGUACCCGCCGCCGAGAUAACCAAGGCUCCUCAAGUCAAUGGUGGAUCUCUGGCUUUACGAGGAGACUCCUCCAAGACCCGAUUUUCUGAUCCUCCAGCGCCCCCGCCUCAACAACCUCUGCCAGAGAAACCCGACGUUGGCCGCCCCCAUUUUUUUGACCCUUCUUCCCCGGUCCCGUCCCUUAAACGCACGAAUACCGAGCGUCCUCCGGCUAUACUAAGCGGCUCGCCCACCCGCCAAGAAUCAUCAAGUCAGAUCAUGUCUCUAGUAGAGGCACUUGCAUCUGCAAAGAAAGAGCUUGACUCACAGAGUGCUCGAAUGCGAAACCUGGAGGAGAUGCUUCAAAAGGAAAGACAGGCACGUGAAUUAGCUGAGGAAUUAGCGAAACGGCUGGAGCAGCAAUCCUCUGAGGCAAAGGUGAACGGCAAUUCUGUCGGCAGUUCUGAAGCACCGGUCUCUGAAGAAGCUCUUCAGUCACCUCUUGAGAGCACUGAGACGAACCCAGCCGCCCAGGAGUAUCAAGAAACAGAGGCUGAAUCGCCCGAUUCCAAAUCUCUAGAGAAGGACGAAGCGGUUCAGGAGAGUUCACCGGAGAACGAAGUUGUUGACACAAAACCCAUCACUGAUUCUACCUCGCUACUCGAGAAGCGCCUGGAGACGAUGUUGGUUGAAAUGCAGCAGUUGAGGGAGAACAUGGAGUCGUUCAAGAAACGCGCAGAGAUAGCGGAGGCCGAGAGAGAUACAGAUCGAAAGACCCUAGCCGAAAUGGUGGAGAAGAUUAGGUUAGAGGAGUCGGCUAGAGGAUCAUCUUCUACAGAACGAGGGCGGUCGCCCGCUGAUGGUCUGGCCAAAGACCCAUCCAGCAGCCCCAGGAGUUUUACCGACACAUUAAGUCAAUCGCUACAGAAAGCUGCUUUUAUAAAUGGAAAUAUUAGUUCUGCAAAGGAGGUUGAGCCAGGGAGGAUAGCCUCAGGAACUCUCUCACGACCUCCCGGCGGACACGAUCCAAUACUUUAUCACACGACACCAUAUGCUUCAAUGUUAGGAGUUGUUCUUAUUGGGAUGGGACUCAUGGCUUAUUUGAAUGGAUGGCAAUCACCUAAAAUCGACCGGUGAAUACCUUAAGGCGCUGGCCUCAUCAUAUAUCCCUUUUUGUUAAAAGGCAUACACAGGGUCAAACAGACCAAGCAUGUACUUUUCCUUUUGUUUUUCCAUCGUGCGUAUGGGGGGGGGCGUUUCGUGGGCAUAGGUGCGCGUACCGGCCGGGUUUGGGGGUUAUCAUAUUACAUGCCCACUAGGCCUUUCUAGUUCUCUUUGUCAUUACUUUUUCCUCAAUGGUGACGAUGAUGAGAUUCAUGAGAUGGGACAGCGUUCGGUCUGAUGGGUG